UAUAAAUAUAUUUAUUUCUAAUAUUAAAAUUAAAAAAUGGGAUCAAUUUUUUCAUGUCUAAGUGGUAUAUGUAGCUCAAUUGCUUCACUGCUUUCAGGAUUAGUAAGCGCUGUUGCAGGAUUCUUCCAUACAAUUAUUUCAGCAAUUACAAGAUGUAUUACAGGUACACUGGGCGCCAUUGCAAGUUGCUUAACAUGUGGUAGAUCUGGGAGAAGGACUAGGGUCUAGCAGCAUCCAUUAAAAAACGAAAACAAAAAAAAAAAAAUCUAUGCUUAUAAUUAUUUAAUACUCUACUUACCUAUUUAUUAUAUAUUUAUUUAUUUAUUUAUUUAUGAUAUUCUUCUCUUUAUAUAACAAUAAUAAAAUAUACUUUUUUUUUCUAAU